AUGGCGAAGUUUGUGGUUUCUGGACGGUCGGACUGCCCUUUCUAUGCGAAAGCAGAGCUCUUGGCUGACGAGCUCUCUCUUAACCUGCCCGAUUUCAAAGUUCACAAGAUCGUAAAGCGUCCAGAGGAGUGGGAUGACUGGAUGAAUAAGAUGUGCGAUGACAAUGGUUGGAAACACUCCGGCUCUCCGUUGAUUUGGCGCGAGCUGGUCGACAGAGGAGGAAAAGGGAUUUUACUCGGGGGUUGUGACGACUUUCUCGAGUUUGCCGAAGGAUAUUAUGGCCUGGCUUCCCGUCUCAUGAGCGCCAAGCUAGUGAGUAUAUCUGAGGAAAACAAGUCCACCAAAAUCGAGGUCGACAAGGAAGAGGAAGAGCUAGCCAAGAAAAUCAACCCUCUUCGUGUAUGCGUAUCUAAAGCUUCAGGGCCAUUGGCUUACGGAAUGCUUGCUUCCUUAGUUCAAGGAGAGGUAUUUGGCUUCCAAGAAGAGGUGUCUAUUUAUUUGCUUGAUACGCCGGAGAACCAGGAAGCUCUUCAAGGUGUCGCGUACGAAAUCGAAGACUGCGCUUGGCCGCUGUUUCGAGGUGUUCACAUAACCUCUGACCCUGCAGUCGCCUUCAAGGACGCUAGUGUAGUUGUUCUUUUAGAUGGCAAAGCAAUUAAUGAAGGCACUGACAAGAAAGAGUACUUAUUGUCACAUGCAAAGUUGUUCAGAGAUUACGGGAAAGCACUAGAAGCCCAUGCUAAACCAGAUUGCAAGGUUUUGACCGCUGGGGGCCCAGCAAAUUUCUCAACAUUUAUUGCAAGUAAAUUUGCUCCUUCAAUCCAAAAGAAAAACUUUGUCUCCCUAUCACGUAUAGAAGAGAAUCGGGCCAAGGGCCUUAUUGCAAAACGCUUGAAUGUCAAUACUGCUGGGAUUAAAGACCUUAUAGUCUGGGGUAACCCUGGCUUUAAUCACUAUCCUGACGCCUCCCAUGCUAGAGUUGACGGCUUUGAUGGCGCUAUAUGGGGUCCACAUGUCCCAGGGUUUACCCGCCCAGUUCCAGAAAUGGUACAUGAUAAUAAAUGGCUGUCAGGAGAGUUUGUUGAGGUUCUUAAGAAGCCAAGUGAGGGUGAGAAUGCAUUGAUGGGUAGUGUCGCUGUGAAGUCACUUCUCCAGGAUUGGUGCCAAUGUGCGUCAUCAGAUAUGUGGUCCUUGGGUGUUAUAUCAGAGGGGUGGUAUGAUAUCCCUGAGGGUAUUGCUUUCUCAUUUCCUGUGAAAUUUACUGGUGGCUCCUGGCAGGUAGUGGAAGGACUAGCAUUGAGUGAUUCUUUAAAGGAAGUGCUUAAAAAUAUUGCGCAAGAAUCCAAAGCAGAGACUGAAGAAGUAUUGGCACUUUUAAAUGGUUCUUGAGUAAAUCAAAUUAUUGCAUAUUAGUUUUUAUGCUAGAUAUAAUCUGACAUGUACAUAUACUGAAGUAUAUUAGAAAUGCAUGAAUUUAAAUUAACAACCUCUUUUGUACUAGAGCACAACAUAUAGUAUUAGAAAAUCUUUAGAGUGAUUAAAAAUGACAUAAUUAAUUGUCA